CACAUGAUUUAAAUUUCAAAGACAUCAUGGAAAAUAUGAUGCUAAUCUCUGGUAGCACACCCAAUCCUCUUGCAUACUGAUGGCUAUUGGUGCCAGGCCAUAUUUACUACUAGAAAGCCCAUGUCUAGUCUGUUACCCUUAAACCAAGCCACCUCCUACCUGCUACUGGAGUCGAGCUAGCUGAAAAGUUAAGCUAGUUUUAUUUCAAAACCCGAGCUUCAAUUCAAUCACAGGUGUCAGUGGGACUUAUUUCGAAUGCUUAAGCCCUAGUUUUAGAGUCUCUAAGGGACUAGUAGGAUCUGUUAUUACUAAAGUCUGACCAAGAGAAAUCUGGGUAAAGGUGAGGUGCUCAGAAAUUUGAGGUGAGCAGAAAUUUGGCUUCUAGACCAGAAAAUAUGCAAGGUAUAGAAACUAUAUUUUUGGUUAUUUUGCAGGGUGGGUGAAGUGAGGGUUUUGGUUUUGAUGUCUGUCUGUCUCUGUCUGUGUCUGCAUAGCUCCAAAUGAUAAAGAAUUCACUGUAGAUAAAUGGGUAGAGCUGGUCCCUUUCCCUUCUUCUGUGAGAUGCUAACAGCCAGGCUGUCCAUCUGGAUGGGGGCCCAGAAAAUGUGAAGCUGGGUAUUGAAAAUAGUGUUCUGAAGUGCCAAGAAGCAUCCAACUUUAAUAUGUGACUGUAAUGAAAACUUUAUAAACAUGUCAGAGGACUGGAUGAGUGGCUUUAUGUGGUCUUAACUAGAUCCUGGGUGUCCUUUUUUGGAGACCCAGGUUACUAUCCCCUUUAGUGGCUAAACCACUCAUUCCCUUGGUGUCUUCUACUUCCUUGCCUUCACCUUGAUGAAGACUGGGAAGAGUUAGAUGGUGUCAGCAACUCUUCUUUUCCUUCACUGUCCACUCUACCACCAAAGUUAGCUCAAAGUGAAAAGGAUCCACUGGAGGUAAACAGGGAGGGCAAGUGUUGGAUCGCCACAUAUAAUUAGGUCUCUGGUCAAUGUUGCCAUAGCACCCUGUACUUUCUCUUUCAGAGUCAUCAAUUCCCUUGUAAUUGCUCAGCAUCUGUGUCUUACUUGACUACAAACUUGCUGAAGGUAGGGACUGUUCAUUUUGGAUUUUGAUGCCAGCUCUUAGCAUAUUUUCUGGUAAUAUAGUAUGUUUUCAAAGAUUUGUUGUUAGAAUAAAUGAGUGAGCUAAGUAAGUCUUUUAUUUUAGGGAUUUGUUGGUAACCACCAUGGUAAAAUAAAUAUGGGGCAGGAAAAAAUUCUAAAAUUAGUUUCUGGUCUCUGCUUCUGACUCCCUCUGAGUUCAGGACCAGGGUGAGACUGGAACCCCUACAAACUAGUCCUCCUUCCAGGCUGGCCCCAUCUUUACUCCAUAAUGGUCUCUUCAUCUUCUGAAAACACUUCCAAGAUAGGACCAGUAGUGAAACCUCCAGUGUGGGUGCCUGCAAUUCCCUUAACCUCUGCCCUGCCCAUGUUAUCAAUAAAUUUGGGUCAUAUUCUCAGAUAAAAGUUUUCUCAAAAUCUUCCCCCCCAAUUUAUGGGUCUGAUUGCUGGUAGUUAAAGAGGUGUUAACCCGUCGGUGAAAUACUACUUUUCUUAAAGAGCUGAUUGAAAACUGUCUGCAUCUCCCUGUCUCAUUUCUCAUGUGAAGUCGGCAAAUUGAAUUCCUACAACUUAAGCUGCAUGAAGGGGGGGGGGGGAUUGUUUUGUGCGCUGUGACACCUCCGAGAAGCAUGCCUAGCACACAUUAGUUCACCGGGAGUACUCCUGCCCUUCACACCCCGCUUAGACAGGACCAACCUGGACCGGGAUAGCACUGGUCCACCCACUUCUCAGAACUGAGCCACUCAAGUUUAGGGUUUAGGCGGGUCAAAGCUGACAAAACAAAACAAACCUCUGAAACUCUGUCGCACCAAAGGAGGCGUGGAGAUUCUGCAAAACACGUCGCGCCGCGUUGAGCUAAAUCUCCUUUGGAGGGGAAAUCGCAUUUCUAGGCACAAAUGAAAGUGUUUUUGCACCGCCUGGAGCCAGCUGCCGGAAGCCGAGGAGGGUAGCAGCGGGCUGCCAAUCAACCAGGUCCCGCCUUCUCAGGGCCACUUCCGCUCCUCGCGGUUCCUAUACUGAGGGGCGGGGCCAGCUUCUGGUGGUAGGAAAGGACCGGCCUCCCGGCGAGCGGGCUGGUGACGUCAUGGAAGGCGGCGGGGGUGGGGGAGGAGUCGCGUGGGGCAUGCGCAGUAGACCGGCUCUGCCGACCGGAAGCCGAGAGGGCGGGAUUUCCCGUGGGGCGGCGGGUUGCAAGGUCCGUGGCUUGUGUGGCGGCGCGAAGGGACUGGAAAAAGAAGUUCCUGAGCCCGCGAACCUGCAGCGGAAGUGGAAGAAGAACGUCCUUCAAGUGUCGGGAGCUCAGAGAUGUGGCCCAGGGGAGGGAACUGUCUCUAGUUAAAGAGGCCAUGCCUGAUGUUGCUUCCAGAUCCCAUGUCGACACCAAGUCCUCAGUUGCUGGUGGCAGCUGCUCAGCAGACCCUGAGCAUGGGAAAGAGACGGGGCCUGGCCCGAGCUGUCUGCCUUCACCUCGCCGGAGAGGUCCUGGCUGUGGCCCGGGGACUGAAGCCAGCCCUGCUGUAUGAUUGCAACGGUGCGGGGACAUCAGAGCUCCAGAGCUAUCUGGGGGAGCUGCAGGGCCUGGGCUUCCUGACCAAGGGACUUCACAUCCUUGAUAUUGGAGGCAACAGCCUGAUCGUCAUACCUGAACAUGUAUGUCAGCACCUGGAGCAGGUGCUGCUUGGUCCUGUAGCCUUUGUGGAUGUUUCCAGCUCCCAAUCUCACCCUUCUAUCCGCUCCCUGGACCAGCUUCAGGACUUGAAGUCCCUCAUUGCUGAGAUCAUCACCCAUUUGCAGGGGUUGCAGAGGGACCUGUCCCUGGCCGUCUCCUGCAGCAGACUCUGCUCCCCAGACUGGAAUCUCUGUACUGUGUUUGGGAUUCUCCUGGGCUAUCCUGUUCCCUAUACCUUUCACCUGAACCAGGGAGAUGACAACUGCUUAGCCAUGACCCCACUACGGGUGUUCACCGCUCGGAUCUCAUGGCUUCUUGGUCAACCCCCAGUCUUGCUCUAUUCCUUCAGUGUCCCAGAAAGCUUGUUCCCAGCCCUGAGAGACAUUCUAAACACUUGGGAGAAGGACCUGAGGACUCGAUGUACGGCUCAGAAUGACUUUACUGACCUCAGCAUCUCCUCUGAGAUAGUCACCCUGCCAGUUGUGGCCCUCUAACUCCCGUGUAGAAAGUACUCACUAAAUAUUCAGCUCUAAGUCAGGGAUUACAAAUAGGCAUCAUCUCAAGUGUCAAUUCUGAGCAUCUUGACAACACCAGGGAAGAAUGCUCUAGUCAACUGGCCACAUCUGUGACGGGCACGGGAACAGGUGGCGGCGGCAGCAUUGGUAGUACAUACUUGCCAUUUCUAUACUAAGGAGUCCUCUUGACUUAACUGAGAUGUCUAUUCCUUUUUCACUAGAUAGAAGAUAGAAGGAAAGAGAUUGUGGAGAAGGGGAGUGAGGGGGUAGGUGGAGAAGGUUAGUAUAAGGGGGAAAAUAGCUAUUUAAAAAAAGGAUUGUGGAGAAGAAGGGAGGUGGAGGACAAGUAGUGUACCCUUGUAUAUGGUAAUGUAAAUAUACUCUGUGGGUAGUGUUCACUAGAAAAUAGCAGGCCUGGGCUUUACUGCAUGUUUAUAUAGCUCCAACUGAAUUGGACUAAGGAAAGUAGACCAGGAUGCUCAAGUGUCUUAUAUUUGUGAUGUGAUGGGUUGGUCAUUCAUGAAUGAACAAUUCUGGGAAACAGAU